UCGGUCACUCGGACCACGGUAAGUGGACGGGCUUCAUAUACUCGCUCCGAGCUCGUCUCUUAUCGAUAACCUUAGUUACCCCCCGAUUUGCAAUCCAUCUGGCGAAGAAAACACGGUUGACUGAGCAGCCUCAACAAGAUCUUAUUUUUUCAUAAUGGCUGAACAUGGGAUUCCUCGAUACGCUCGUAAAGGAGCCCGAACCGAAGAAGCUCGACAGCAAGAGCUUCGCAAAAUCGAGAUAUAUCGAGAACUCGAGCAGUCGGUCCGAGAAAGGAUUGCGCUACAUCAAUACACGCCAGAGACGUUACAAAAGAUAUCAGAAUUAUUGAGUAGCAAUCCAGAAUAUUAUACGAUUUGGAAUUAUCGUCGUCAGGUCCUGCGAAGUGAAUUCGCGCGUGCGGAAUCUAAUGGCUCCAACGAGGCCGCAGCGGAACAGGUCGCUGCUUUGAUCAAGAGUGACCUGCUAUUUCUGAUUCCCUUACUCAAGAGCUUCCCCAAGUGCUAUUGGAUAUGGAACUACCGCGUCUGGCUCCUGGACGAAGCCAAACGCCUGCUCCCAGCUUCAAUUGCCAGUCGAUUCUGGCAGGAAGAAUUGGGCUUGGUAAGCACGAUGCUCAACCUCGACAGCAGGAACUUUCACGGCUGGGGCUACAGGAGAUUUGUCAUAGAGACGCUCCGCGAGUUCAAGUCCGCAGAGCAGACCGACGAGGACAUGACCAAGGCUGAAUUUGACUACGCAAAGAAGAUGAUCGGCGCCAACCUCUCGAAUUUUUCUGCUUGGCACUACCGUACCAAGUUGAUCCAGCGAUUGCUGAACGAGCGAUCAGCCAGCGAUGAGGAGCGGAGAAAGAUGCUCGAUGACGAGUUGGAACUGAUCCAUCGUGCCCUGUGCGACCCAUUUGACCAGUCACUAUGGUUUUACCACCAGAACUUGAUGUGCGUCUUUGACCCGACGGUGGCGGCCCACACGAUGGCACCCAAUCUCAGUGACUCGGACCGCUUGGAAUAUUUGCGACAGGAAAUUGAAGAGAUCGAAGACAUGCUGGACGGGGCGGAAGACUGUAAAUAUCUCUACCAAGCCUUGAUUGACUGCACCUUACUGGCUUGGAAGGUGGAGGGAAUUACUCCCGGCGAUGCACAGAAACGGGCGGUCUUAAGCUGGCUUGCGGAGUUAAAGAAGCUGGACCCGCUGCGACAGCGUCGGUGGCUGGAUUUCGAACAGUCACUUGCCUGUUGAGACGAUCAUGAUCAUCAUCCCUUGCCGACCGAUCUGGACAGUCCGCAUCACAAUCUGAUGGAGUGCAGCCAUUUUUCGGAGGAUUUUGAUAGGAUAACAAUACUUGGGUCCCUUUUUGCCAAUCAAUCCUUGCUUAUUAGUGUG